AGGGGAAGCUUGUGUCUAUUUGAUAAUACAUACAUACUCAAAAUUUACGUGAUAUAGAAAGAAGAUCUUAUCAAGAAACUAGAAGAGUAUAUUGGCCCUAGGCUAACUAAGUUUGCUGCCAUUGUCAGAAACCGCUUAAUGGAACCAUCAAGCCCUCAAAUAGAUGUAGGCAUUAGCAGGUGCGAGAAUGAAUCUGUAAUUAAAAAGUUCAUGAAGUAUCGGCUUUUGUUUAUCAUUGUCUUUUGGGUGGUUGGACUUAUUGUUCUAGGGAUCAGUGCUUGGACACUGUGGGAGCAGGAACGAGAGGUUAGCAGUAUUUAUGAUGAUGUUACUGAUGCACAAGCUGAAGUUUGGAAGCUCACUAUAGGAUUCAAUGCAGUAGCAUGUGUAUUUUUCAUUACCAGCUUUAUUGGAUGUUUGGGAAUAGUUCAGGAAAAUGGUUUUAUUUUGAGAUUGUAUGUAGCUGCACUGUCAUUACUAGUUGUGGGUGAAGUUAUUUUAGUUGGUCUGUCGUUUUUCUCUACAACCAUCUUUCAACAUCUUCCACAUGAUGAGAUACGUCUAGAAAAUGUGAUGAACUAUAAAGAAGGAAGUGAAUUACUUGUGGACCAAGUUCAGAGGGAGUUUCAUUGCUGUGGUGUAACAGAAAAUGGGUAUUUAGAUUGGACACUUAACCCUCUGUUCAAUUGCUCUGAUAAGAAUCCAAGCCCCAGGCGAUGUAGUGUGCCCUCAUCUUGCUGUAAAGAGCCCUUCAGUCAUCAAACUGGGAAGUUGGAGAGAGACUGUGGAAAUAGUGUUCUUAAUGAGACAUUUCAUGGUCUGGAAGAAAUUUUCACUGAAGGUUGUACGGAAGCAACAAAAGACUACAUCAGACGAAAAGUAGCUCAACCAUUGUUUGUCAUUGCUGGGUUGCUUCUAAUCCUAGUCAUUCCACAGAUCUUUGUAGCUGUAGUCAUGUUCCUGGUAAUGAAAUGGAUCUCCCCUUACCAACAGAUGGCAUUAUAAUUUCUUGUUUGUCUUGAGAAGCUCAGUGUUUACCAAGAAAGUGAUAUUCUAAGAGUGAGAAAAACUACUGAUAAAUACUGGUAUAUUUCUAGUUCUUCUGUUAUUACAGCAUGUAUCUACCAAACCUUUGAGUUGUAUAUUAUUAGAGAUGUUGACUUUUAUAUUAUACUCUAGCAUAGAUUGUGUGGUUAAUAACAGAAAAAAUCUGACUACUUAAAAAAAGCCAGUGAAUACAACUGUUAUAUCAGCAUAAAUUAAACAAAACAAAAACUGUUGGACAGUUUGUAAAUGAAAAAAAAUAAAUGUUUAUUGGUAGUGAUUGAAUUGACAGUUUGUAAAUGAAAAAAAAAUAAUUGUUUAUUGGUAGUGAUUGAAUUGACAGUUUGUAAAUGAAAAAAUAAUUGUUUAUUGGUAGUGAUUGAAUGUUAUUGAGUGGUACAUAUUUUGGAUCAGUACUGUCAGAUAUUAAUUUUUCUGUUUUUAUCAUUUGUUAUUUAAAGAUAUAAAAGGAAGGGAAAUGUGCCAGUCACAUAUCAUUGGGUUUAGCCAUUAAUUUAUAUUGUUAUCAGAACAAAUUACUCUUCAGAAACAGAACAAAAUCUUAAAAAAAAAUAAAAAAACAUGUUUUUCUGUCAAUGAGUUCAUGUAUUCAAAGAAAACAUAUUUAAGAAUAAUAUGUUGAAUUUUAUACCAUACAAUGGGGUGACUAGGGACAGAUUUUUCAGAGGGCAACAAAUCCAUGGCUUUCAAUUCUCAAGUUAUAGCUUGAAAACAAAUAAAUAUGGUGGAUACAUAGCCCCAAUACUGAAUUGGGCAAAUAAAUGGCAGAUGGGUUUUAAAUAUAAUAAAUGCAAGAUAAUGUAUGUGGGUUAUAAUAAUUUGAAUUACAAGUAUAAUUUGGAUG